UCUGCUUUUUGCAGACGAUGUGGUCCUGUUGGCUUCAUCUGGCCGGGAUCUUCAGCUCUCACUGGAUCGGUUCGCAGUGUGAAGCGGCCGGAAUGAGAAUCAGCACCUCCAAAUCCGAGUCCAUGGUUCUCUCCCGGAAAAGGGUGGAGUGCCAUCUCCGGGUUGGGGAGGAGACCCUGCCCCAAGUGGAGGAGUUCAAGUACCUAGGAGUCUUGUUCACGAGUGGGGGAAGAGUGGAUCGUGAGAUCGACAGGCGGAUCGGUGCGGCGUCUUCAGUAAUGCGGACGUUGUACCGAUCUGUUGUGGUGAAGAAGGAGCUGAGCCGGAAGGCAAAGCUCUCAAUUUACCGGUCGAUCUACGUUCCCAUCCUCACCUAUGGUCAUGAGCUUUGGGUCAUGACCGAAAGGAUAAGAUCACGGGUACAAGCGGCCGAAAUGAGUUUCCUCCGCCGUGUGGCGGGGCUCUCCCUUAGAGAUAGGGUGAGAAGCUCUGUCAUCCGGGAGGAACUCAAAGUAAAGCCGCUGCUCCUCCACAUCGAGAGGAGCCAGAUGAGGUGGUUCGGGCAUCUGGUCAGGAUGCCACCCGAACGCCUCCCUAGGGAGGUGUUUAGGGCACGUCCAACCGGUAGGAGGCCACGGGGAAGACCCAGGACACGUUGGAAAGACUAUGUCUCCCGACUGGCCUGGGAACGCCUCGGGAUCCCCCGGGAAGAGCUAGACGAAGUGCCUGGGGAGAGGGAAGUCUGGGCUUCCCUGCUUAGGCUGCUGCCCCCGCGACCCGACCUCGGAUAAGCGGAAGAAGAUGGAUGGAUGGAUGGAGGAGCACCUUCGGCAGGUCCACAGCGAUCCCAGGAGGGAGGACAAUUUGGAGGUGAUGGAGAGGCUCAUUAAACCAGCUGAACCAACUAUUCCUUUUAAGGCGGAGGAACCAAGCUGGCAGGAAGUCAGCAGCUUCCUUAAGAAGGCAAGAGGAAAAUCAGCCCCAGGGCCAAAUGGCAUCUCGUACAGUGUUUACAAGCAUUGCGAAAGGCUCAGGAAACGACUCUGGAAGCUACUGACGGUGGCAUGGAGGAAGAAUUUCCUUGCUGAUGAAUGGCUGGUGGCUGAGGGAUGCUUCAUCCCUAAGGAAGAAAACUCUUCAGGGAUUAAGCAAUUCCGUACCAUCUCCCUCCUCAAUGUGGAAGCUAAACUCUUCCUGGGGAUUCUGGCAAAGAGGUUGACCACCUUCAUGUUGGACAACGGUUACAUGGACACUUCAGUUCAAAAAGGUGGCAUUCCAGGGGUAUCUGGCUGUCUCGAACACACCAGCGUAAUCUCCAAGAUCAUCGAGGAUGCAAAGAGGAACCACGGAGACCUAGCAGUUCUGUGGCUUGAUCUAACAAAUGCCUAUGGAACGAUACCCCACAAGUUAGUGGAGCUGACUUUAAAGACCUACCACAUACCAGAGCAAUUCCAGAAACUCUUGCGGCAGUACUUUGACAGAUUCAACAUGCGAUUCAACUGCGGAGAAUUCACCACCAACUGGCAGAGACUAGAAGUGGGCAUUGUCACUGGCUGCACAAUUUCAGUGAUUUUAUUUUCUGCAGCGAUGAACCUUCUUGUCAAGUCGGCAGAGAAGUUAUGUCGAGGCACAGUCCUUGCAAGCGGAAUCCAGAUGUUACCCAUUAGAGCGUUCAUGGACGACCUUACCAUCACAGCAAGAUCAGUGCCAGAAGGAAGAUGCAUUUUGGAGGACCUGAUUGAGCUCACUAAUUGGGCAAGGAUGGAGUUCAAACCGGCAAAGUCCAGAAGCCUAGUUCUGAAGAAAGGGCGUGUUCAGGAACGGUUUCGCUUCAAGAUCAGGGAGAACAUCAUUCCAACUGUCCAAGAGAAGCCUGUGAAGUGCUUGGGGAAGUGGUACAGGGCAGAUCUCAAAGACCGACUGAGUGUGAAAGAAAUGCUUAGCCAAGCAGAAGCCUGGAUGACAUCCCUAGAAAAGAGCGGCCUCCCGGGCAAGUAUAAGGCCUGGGGUUACCAACAUGGGGUUCUCCCCUGUCUGCUCUGGCCACUCCUAGUUUAUGAGGUACCUGUAUCCACAGUUGAGAGUCUGGAGAGGAAGUUGAACACCUACUUGAGGAGAUGGCUGGGUGUCCCAAGAAGCUUCUGUUCCAUUGGACUGUACAGCACAGGAAGCAAGCUACAGCUGCCAAUAACAUCAGUGGUGGAGGAGUACAAGGUAACAAAAACACGCCAGGCUAUGAUGCUACGAGACAGCAAAGACGAGCGAGUACGACAAGCAGGCAUUGUCGUCAGGUCAGGCAUAAAGUGGUCAGCUAGCGAAGCACUGAGGGAGGCGGAGGAUCGACUGCAUCACGCGGACUUUGUGGGAUCAGUAGCCCAGGGAAGACUUGGUCUGGGUUGCUCUUCCAGAACAAAUUGGAUCAAAGCUGACCCAAAGGAGCGGCGAGGCUUGGUGCAGAGGGAGGUCCGAAAGGCUGAAGAGGAAAGCCGGCAUGUCAAGGCAGUAACCAUGAACAAACAAUGCAGCUGGACUAGAUGGGAGAGUGUAAAAGACAGAUCUCUAACCUGGAAGGACAUCUGGAGCAUGGAAGGCCACCGGAUUAAGUUCCUGCUGUGUUCUACAUAUGAUGUCCUGCCCACCCCAUCAAACCUCCAUACUUGGGGAAUGGUAGAGAGUCCCAGCUGUACACUCUGCGGAAAUAUAGCCAACCUGGAGCAUGUCCUCUCCUCUUGUCACUCAAGUUUAGCAGAUGGCAAGUUCCGGUGGCGUCAUGACCAGAUCCUUGCUCAGCUGGCAGAGGGUGUUGAGCAGGCCAGGAAGAGGACAAGGCAGCUCUCUAAUGGGCCUCGUUUCAUCCACUUCAUCAGGGCAGGUGAAAGCGCAGCAGCAGGAGGGAGGAACAAAGGAAUCCUGGCCACGGCAAGCGACUGGGAGAUGCGGGUCGACCUGAAGAAGCAGCUGAAAUUCCCAGAGGAGAUAGCCCACACUACCCUGAGACCUGAUAUUGUUCUGUGGUCUAAAGGAACCAAACAGGUGGUGCUUAUCGAGCUGACGGUACCCUGGGAAGAGAGGAUAGAGGAGGCGUAUGAACGCAAACUCAAAAAAUACCAAACCCUCAUCCUCAAGAGCCAGCUAAAUGGAUGGAAGGCCUGGAACUUAUCGGUGGAGGUGGGCUGUAGAGGCUUUGCGGGGCGGUCGCUCUGGAGAGCCCUCGGACUGCUGGGGGUCGAGGGGCUGGCUAGGAAGCGGCUGGUAGCCAACACCACUAAAAGGGCAGAAGAAGCAUCACGCUGGAUUUGGAUACAAAGAAAGGUACGGUGGCAGAGCCGACCUACUGAAGGACUAGGGACAUAGAGUUGGGUGGCAUCCAGCAGGGGUAGAGCCAGGACGCUGGAUCUGCCGUCGAGCCCCUCCGAAGCGUCAUGGGCUUAAUUCGACGAAACGUUAAUGACGGAGGGUGCCCAUUUGAGAACCUUCUGAUGCCAACCAACUGAUGUCCAGUUAAGGUAUGCGGUCAAGCUUAGUCUUGACUCAGGGAGGAGGACGUCCCUGCCAUGCAGAGUCCCGAUGGUGCCUUGAUAGAAGGAGAGAUGAAGAGAGCGAGGCCACAGGCUCACAGAUGGUGCAGGGGCGAGUACCUGUAAAGAUAUGUGGUGAAUCGGGGUUUGGAAGGACAUGUCAGCAAGAUUAGGAGCAGAGCAAGGUUCUCAUGGUGAUCCCUUUUCAUCCUAUGGAAGGUCUCACCACAUUUCUACAGGCACCUAAAGCCGCGUGCAGGACUCAAACUUAAGGUGCAGAUAAGGAGCAGCAGAUAAAGGCUGAGAGCCAUGGAAGAGGAGGAGAGAGGCCUUCUUUGAUCUCGCUGCUCGUCUGCCAUGCUGUUUCCCUUCAAGGCUUCCUGGU